UGGGGGACCUUGUGCCCCAAGAGACUGUCUAGGAGGGGAGCUGGCAGGAGCCAGCAUACAUCAGGGGAGCAAGGCUGGGGCUCUCUGGAAGGUUUCUCUCUGAGCAUCUCUCUGCCUCUGUCCCACUCUAUCUUGAGGUGGUGUUUUUCAGACUCAGCUGUCCUCAGCCCUACCACAGAAUGAGGGGAGAGAAUGUGACCCACAUCAGGGAAUUCAUCCUUGUGGGCUUCCCCACGGCCCCAUGGCUUCAGUACCUGCUCUUUCUGCUCUUCCUCCUGGCUUAUCUCUUUGUCCUGGCAGAGAAUGCCACCGUCAUCCUUGUGGUCUGGACCAGUGCUGCCCUCCACAAGCCCAUGUACUACUUUCUGGCAAGCCUGUCCUUCCUGGAGGUUUGGUAUGUUUCCAACAUCCUCCCCAAGAUGCUGGACAGUUUCCUCUCCCAGCAGAGGAGUAUCUCCUUCGCGGGCUGCAUGACACAGCUCUACUUCUUCAGCUCUCUGGUGUGCAGUGAGUGUGUCCUUCUCGCCUCCAUGGCCUAUGACCGCUACGUGGCCAUCGGCCACCCCUUGCGCUACUCAGUCAUCAUGACCACUGGCCUCUGUGUAUGGCUAGUGGCUUUCUCCUAUGCUAGUGGCUUCACCAUCUCCAUGAUUAAAGUCUAUUUCAUCUCCAGUGCCACAUUCUGUGGCUCCAAUGUUAUGAACCACUUUUUCUGUGACAUCUCCCCCAUCCUCAAACUGGCUUGCACAGACUUCUCCACAGCCGAGCUGGUGGACUUUGUCUUGGCUUUCGUCAUCCUGGUGUUCCCACUCAUUUCUACCAUGCUGUCCUAUGGACACAUCUGCAUGGCAGUGCUGCAAAUCCCCUCCUCCACCGGCCGCUGGAAAGCCUUCUCCACCUGUGCCUCCCACCUCACAGUGGUGGUCAUCUUCUACACAGCCAUGAUCUUCAUGUACGUCCGUCCCCAGGCCAUUGACUCUCAGAGCUCAAAUAAGCUGAUUUCGUCCGUCUACACAGUCCUGACUCCAAUUGUGAACCCUCUCAUCUACUGCCUGAGGAACAAGGAGUUCAAGGGCAACCUCAAAAAGAGCUUGUUCAAGGCCCAGGCUCAAGGGGAGGAGCCAGCCCUCCACUAUUAGAGGCAUUAUGUGA